GCAGAGAACGGGAUACUGGGAGAGCCGGAAGAGCCGCGGAGAGGCAGCAGCAGAUCCCAGCAACGAUACUGGUUCUCCAUCAAACCCUGAGUCAGGAGCGUACCGCAUCCACCGGGGCGACUUAAAAAAAUCUGUUUAGACUCUGGUCGGAGCUACCUGUGUCUUUGACGUUUGUGUGGCAAAGAUGUGGAAGGCAGCAGCAGGACAGUCGAUCAAUGUGGCUGUAGAUGACGGAGGAGAUGACUGGGAGACUGACCCUGACUUUGAGAAUGACGUGUCGGAGAAGGAGCAGCGCUGGGGGGCCAAGACUGUGGCUGGUUCAGGACAUCAGGAGCACAUAGAUAUCCACCGGCUGCGUGAGACGGUGUCGACGGAGCACACCAGCCUGAAGCAGAAGGAGCUGGAGACCAUGCCCAAGGCUUCACAUGGAUAUGGAGGAAAGUUUGGAGUGCAGCAGGAUCGCAUGGACAAGUCUGCUGUGGGUCAUGACUACCAGAGCAAGUUGUCUAAGCACUGCUCCCAGACGGAUACAUCCAAGGGCUUUGGAGGGAAGUUUGGAGUGCAGGCUGACCGCGUUGACCAGUCUGCUGUUGGGUUUGAGUACACCGGGAAGACGGAGAAACACGCUUCACAGAAAGACUACACCACUGGGUUUGGGGGGCGAUACGGAGUGCAGGCAGAUCGUGUCGACCAGAGCGCAGUGGGCUUCGAUUACCAGGGCAAAACCGAGAAACACGAGUCCCAGAAAGAUUAUGCCAAGGGCUUUGGUGGCAAGUUUGGCGUUGAGACCGACAAGGUGGACAAGAGCGCCGUGGGUUUCGAGUACCAGGGCAAAACGGAGAGGCACGAGUCCCAGAAAGACUAUGUGAAGGGCUUUGGCGGCAAGUUUGGUGUGCAGACGGACAGACAGGAUAAAUCAGCGCUGGGAUGGGACCACCAGGAGAAACUACAGCUCCAUGAGUCUCAGAAAGACUAUAAGCGUGGGUUUGGAGGGCAGUAUGGGGUAGAGAAGGAGAGGCAGGACCAGUGUGCCCUGGGAUAUGAGCACAAGGAGAGCCUGGCCAAGCACGAAUCCCAGAAAGAUUAUUCUAAAGGGUUCGGGGGGAAAUUUGGUGUCCAGAAUGACCGGAUGGAUAAGAGUGCAGGGACAUUUGACGAGGUGGAGAAGCCGACUUCGUCUUACCAGAAAACCAAACCUGUGGAGGCUGCCGGCAGCAGCACAGGAAGCAUCAAGGCCCGUUUCGAGAACAUCGCCAAGCAGAAGGAGGAGGAGGACAGGAAGAGGGCUGAGGAGGAGCGAGCGCGUCGACAGGCCAAGGAGAGGCAGGAGCAGGAGGAGGCACGCCGUAAAAUCGAGGAGGCGCCCAAGGCACCAUCUCCCGCACCCGCCCCCGCCGCCAGUCCCAGUCCCACUCCCAGUCCGACCCCGCCCGUCCAGUCGGCUGCAGCGCCGACAUACCAUAACAUAGAGGAAACUUCCUACGAUGCCAACGAGGAGAACGGAGAACAGCUGUAUGAAACCGAGCCACAGAACCAGUACGCCCAGGAGGAGGACCUGUACCAGACCCCAGAGGAGACCGCAGCAGGAGAUGGGCAGCAGUAUGAGUACGGUGAGGACCUCGGGGUGACAGCAGUGGCCCUGUACGACUACCAAGCAGCCGGUGACGACGAGAUCUCCUUUGACCCUGACGACAUCAUCACCAACAUUGAGAUGAUUGACGAGGGCUGGUGGCGAGGCGUCUGCAGAGGAGCUUACGGUCUGUUCCCAGCCAACUAUGUGGAGGUUCGGCAAUGAUGACCCUCCCCCACACCUCAUCCGCCAAGAUGACCUGUCUCCCUGUCCUGCAACAACAACAAAAAAAAAAGAGAACGAGGAAGGAGACAUUUUCAAAUCCCCUUUCCUUUUCAUUCCUUUUCUCUCUUCACCUCAUCUUAGUGCUUCGACACUGUGUGAGACGUCCUCAGGUCUCCUGUCUGGCUUUUCUUUUCUACCCCCUCCUCCUCCUUUUCCAUUUUCAGAUCACUUUGUUUCUCUCUGUGCAGCAGCAGACAGGGAGGACGAGUUAUCUCUGAAUGACUCAACACUAAGAGACCACAUAGAAACUCAUUAUCUGGGCUUAAAAAGGCACAAAGCUUUGCUCCACACCUCUGUUUUGGAAUAGUAAAAGCUGCAGGAUGCGACUCAGUUCUUUGACUGUCGGCUUCUUUACCUCCAGAAGUCACAUUCUGCAGCUUUAAGUAUUUUACUUUUCCAGAUACCGUGUUAGAGGUUUUGUUGAUUCCUCAUGUUACAGAUGAAAUUUGAGUCUCACCAAAGACCAGACUAACAGAAACAAACUCAAAAUGUCUCAAAUGAGUCUUGUGUGCAGGACUCAAGGUGCUCACUGCUCAGUAGCUCAACCUUAAUGUAAGCAGGAGCAGUUAAAAGUAAAAAAAAAACAAACUCCAGUUUGGAUUAUUAUGUAUAUUGAUGGCUAUAUACUGUCCAAUACAUCAACUAUGGACCAAAAAGCUGAUAAACCCCUUUUUGCUUCUUGGUCUGUGUGUUUAAAGUUUGCUGUGUUGCACAGGAGUUUAAAUCCCCCUUCAGAUUGAAGCUGCACUUGUUGAUUCUUGAUGGAAAACUAAGAUUUAUUUAGAGCUUCAUAUAGUACGAAUACAUGCUCUUCUUUCUGAAAACUUGCAUCAGUCGUAGGGUUGAUUAUAUAUGAUCAAUAACGAGGCUUCCUCCUUUACUGAUGUUUGAACAGACAGAAUCACAGGGCCAUAUUACAAGCUGAACAAAAACACUCUAGUUCAUAGUAUUAUUUUAAUCAUCUUCAUACAUUAUACAGGUUAAUUUUUGCUUAGAAUCAUGUACAGAGAUAUCAAGAGUUAUGAUGCUUUGAGAAAUAAUAGAUUUGAAAACAUAUUUUUGCUCCCUGUCACUGUGUUUUUCUUUGGAUGUGGACAAGACUUGUGUAUUUGUGUCUUGGUGCUGUGGAUGCUCUGGGUUUUUGUGUCAUAAUGCGUUUAGAUACACGUGUGAGGCGUGGUGACGGCACAGCUAACAUCCCUCAUCAUGACCAAACAGUGUUUGCCAACCUCAAGAGUGAGUGACCUUUUAAAAAGAGUGUGAUUUAUCAGCAGUGGAAACGACCUGCACAAAUAUAUCAGGCUGUUGUUAAAGGAUAAGUCUGUUGUUUUUUAAUCUGGGCCUUAUUUUGUCAUGUUUUUGUUGUAAGUGAUUUAGAGAGACAAAAAUAAUAAGUUGCAGCAACUGUUCACAGUGGCCAGGCACACUGUUCUUGAUCAAUGCUGCACCAAUUCCAAAGAUUUUUGUCCCUAUCAAUCAUUCACACCCAGACACUGGAAAAUCAGGCUGAGAUUCAAAAAUACAAGAGUUAUCCUUCAAGGGAAGUGGCUUUGGUGUAUUCUCUUAACAAUAAUUAACACUAUCGCAGUAGUGUAGCUUAAACAAGUGUGUUUGUGUGUGAGUGUGUGUGUGAGGGCUUUCAUUGAAUUCAUCUUUGGGGUUUUAUAAUAAAAAGUGACCUUUUCAAAUGCAUUAUUUUUAUCUGUAUCUCUGUUUGCUUGAGUCACAUCAUUACCUGCUCGUUCUUUUUUUAGUUUCAAUAAAUAAACUAUGAAUGA